AUGUAUCAGCCAAGAAAUUCCAUCAAUAGCGAUUGUGAAAAUGGACGGAAGUCCGAGACAAAGCUCGAUCUAUUACUAUCGGAAGAAGCAGGUUAUUUAGAAGCUAAAGGUCCUAGGGAGACCUGCAAAUUUAAGCAAUCCAGAAUCGUUCGGGAAAUUGAUGUGGCUAAUCGAGCAAAGAGUUUUUCUCUUCAAUUAAGCCAUGGCCCAUAUCGUUUGGAAUACGAUAGGAAUGGAAGAUUUUUAUUACUAGGAGGUAGAAAAGGUCAUCAAGCGAUAUUAGACUGGUAUACGAAAAAUAUAGUUACCGAAUUUCAUACGCAAGAAGAAACACGAGAUAUUAAAUGGCUACAUAACGAGACGAUGUUCGCUGUUGCACAGAAGAAAUACAUACAUAUUUACGAUAAUAAUGGGCUCGAAAUUCAUCGCUUAAAAAGUCUUCUCUACAUACACAAACUCGAAUUUUUGCCAUAUCAUUUCUUGCUAGUAUCAAUUAGCAGAAAUGGUACUUUAUCCUAUCAAGAUACGAGCACUGGGAAACUGGUUGCUUCUCAUCGUACUAAACUAGGGAGCUGUAGCUGUAUGUGCCAAAAUCCUCAUAGCGGUAUAAUCAACUUAGGACACCAAAACGGAACAGUAACACUCUGGAAGCCAUCUAUGUCUGAUCCAGUCGCAAAAUUAUUAUGUCACAAAAGCCCUAUUUGCGCCGUAGCUGUUAAUAGUAACGGAAGAUAUAUGGCUACGUCUGGUUUGGAUGGGCAAAUAAAAAUUUGGGACCUUCGUGUCUACAAAGCUUUACAUGUGUUUUAUAAUCCUAAACCUAUUUCUGCUUUGGCUAUUAGCGAUAGAGACUUACUUGCUACUGGCUUUGGUUCGAAUAUUCAAAUCAGGAAAGACGCCUUUAUCGGACAACAAGAAUCACUGUUCAUGUCGGAAUCAAUACCGUCAACCGAAAUUGAAUGUCUUAAAUUUUGUCCUUAUGAAGAUAUAUUGGGUAUAGGACAUAAUCAAGGCAUCAAUAGCUUUAUUAUCCCGGGAUCUGGUGAGCCCAAUUUUGACGCCCUUGCCGCAAACCCUUUUCAAACCAGAAAGCAAAGACAAGAAACAGAAGUAAAGCUCUUGCUUGAAAAGAUUCAACCGGAGCUAAUAACCCUUAAUCCAAAAUCUAUUCUUAGGCCGAAAAAAGAAAUCUCGGUUGAUAAACCGGCGAGGGAAAAAUUCGAUGUAAAAUUCAAGCUACGGAAACACAGAUCAAAAACGAAGCGUCCUCUUAAGAAAGGUGCAGCUGCUAUGAAAUAA